CCUGCUUUCGGUUUUAAAAAGGUAAAAUAUUUCUUUUGUUUUGAGAAUUUCUUCACAGAAGACACCCCAAUUGAAAUCGCUAAGUGCCUCUCUAUGUCGUGCCACCAACAACAAGGACCACAACGGAAAUAAGGGAUGUUGCUCCUUCUUGUGUAAUCCUUGGCGUUAGUGUGCAUAACAUUGUGCAUUCUAUGCACGUACUUUUCAAGAUUGGCGUCCAUGAAUUAAUAACUUAAAGAUGGACGCAUUAUAUUAUGACGAUGAUUUAAAAAAGCUGUGUGUUGAUCUGUCGUUAAUCUACCCACCAACAGACAAGAAUGUGAUUGAUCGCAUUGUUCGUUUGAAAGAAGAUGCACAUAACUUUAUAUUGAAAGAUGACCUAGUUCGUGCUGAGCAGUCAUAUACCAUGGUUUUGCGAGCAUGUGUCUUGUUAAGUAGCAAACAGAGAGUGUUAAAAUAUAAACCAACGUUUCUUUGUCAGCGGUCGAUUCUUCGUUUUAAACAGUUCAAUAACCGAGGCGCUAGAACGGAUUUAACACAUGCAUUGACCAUGUGUUCUACAGUGAUUCAGGAAAUGUACACGGAAAGAAAAGUUGUUAAUGCUUUUGAAUCACUCAUUGGAGUAAAGCACACCGUGAAGGAAUCUUUUCGAUUCCUUGAUCGAGAACUGUGCGCCGGAAACGAUGGUAAUUUUGAUGGUAUAACAUCCAUUGUAGCUGAUAUUUGUGCUGUUAUUCCACACAUUCCAACCGCAGACGAAACGGAGGCCGUGCUUUCCAACAGUGGUGUACUUGAUAUGGUAUCGUACAAAUUCAGGAAGAGUCUUAUUUUUAAAUUAUCCCAUAACCAAAAGUGGGAAAGUCUUGCGAUAUUAAUAUCGGGCUAUACGAAGAGUGGAUACGCUGCAUGUGCAGUGAACAAAUUAUACAAAACCAACUGUGUUGACAUAAGUGUCGGAAAACUUCUCUCCGAUUCAACGAACCACACGUUACGUCUUUGGGGAGAAGAUCUGGCUGUUUCAUUAAUACGCAACGGGGCCCAAUGGAAUGACAUCGGAACAUCGCAAGGAGUGCCGAUUCUUCAUUAUUUGGUGAAAAUGUCACUGGCCAUAGAAAGUGCAAAACUACUUCAGCUCGUCAUGUCUUUGUAUGCAACAGACAUAUGCAACAUUUUGGCUGAAAAGGAUAAAGAGGGAAAUACAGCUUUUCACAUUCUCGUAAUGUCGCGAACGUUUGGUACCAAAACAGGAGGGCUUGUAUUGGAUUUAUUUUUGAGACAUGGAAUAUCAUUAAGUCUGAAGAACAACAAAGGAAAAACUGUUUUAGAUUACCUUCGACUUAAUCGAUUGCAGAAAGCAGACGAACGGUCUGGUUCUGCCAAAUCAACUUCAAGUUGGGAUGAUACUUUCACUGAUGGAUACAGCACAAUCUCGAAAAGAUCAGACAAAGAAGCAUCUCUUGAUACCAUGCGUUAUUGCUUGUGCGGGCGAGCAUUAGAGAUUCUUACCAAUGUCAGUGAGAGUUUUGAAGUCUACAUGAAUGGUAUAGAAAAUGUUUCUAAAGACGACAUGAUCAUAUUGCUUGUGAAGGCCGUAGAAUUGCUUAAAAACACACCAGAAAGGACACUAACAGAGAUGUACAAACAGUUGUAUGCUGUGGAUGCUGCUUUGUGGCCGCAGGUUUUAGAAAUUCUGAAUCAAAAAGCAGACUGGUGGACAAUAGGUAUCCUGCUUCUGGGACCAGACAUGGAGCGCAAACAUAAUUAUGGUUCAUUUGUUUCAGACAGUGAUACAGUCCGAUUAUGCACUGGAGUUGUUAGCACUAGUUCAUUGGAUAUUUUGAAUGCUGCUUCGGUUUACGCCUACUUAGAACGACGUAAUAGUUUAGAAUCAAUGUCGCUGUUUUGGUUGGAGAUUACUAUAUUUGCAAUAUUUCGCAACCGAGAAGAAUCAUUUGCUCAAUGUUUGUGUGUAGAUGAAUCCGACAAUAUUCUACAUGCUUCUGUAAGAUUUGCGUUGCUUACAAACACAACAUCAAUAAUGCGUGAAGUCGUCCGUUAUACUGAAGACUUACGUUCGCUCGAAAGGAAUGGCAAGGGUGAUACGGUUUUUCAUACAGUAUCAAAAGUACGAAAUAUAUCGGAUUACAAGAUUAUGCAAACUGUCACUGAUAUUCUCGUCGAACAAGGCUUCAGCGCUUUGACAAAAGAUGUCAACGGAAACCGACCUGUAGAAUUUCUUGACAGAAACUGUCCAGGGAACAUAUUUGAUAUCUUCUUUGACCCUGAUCAGAAUGUACAUUUUGCGGAAAUAUCCCGUAGCAAUGCCAGUGGCGAUGCUAUGUUCAAAGACCAUUGCUUAGAAAAAGCUAUACAGGACUACACGCGGGCAAUCACUGUUCUACAAGAACAUUUACCACAGAUUCCACGUUCAAAGAAGAGUAGUCUAGAUAUUGAAGGUAUGUUUAUGAAAUUAACUGACUGCCUUUUGGACAAGAAUUUAACACAAGAAGCUGUUGAAAACUUGAAGCAAUGCAUCGCAAUGAAUGAGCACUAUUUCAAGGCCAAUCUUCGUGUUGGUGUGUUAUUGCGAGGUACAGAUGAUCCACAAGAGGCCUUAAAAUACUUAUUAAAGGCAUAUCAUUGUGUUAAAGACGGUGGGGAAGACAGCAAUAGUGCUAAAGAGCAUGUGUUUACAGAAAUGAUACCUGUCUUACAAUCUCUUUCAAAUCGAAGCAAAUCGCUCGUCAUUUCGAAAAGCGAAGCUCCUAUUUGGGCAAGGGUGUGUUACAAAUUGGUUACAAAUGACGACUGGGAGGCUGCAAACGUGGCAUAUGAGCAGUUUCAGCACAAUGAAUGGAAGAAGGACCAGACUUUGGCUCUUAAUCUCAAACCGUUUUGCGGUAUAGAUAAACUACAGAAGCAUCCAUGGUGUUUGGGUUUGAUCCAUUACCUUCUGGAGUGUGGGUCCGAUGAGAAAACACUUUCAUUUGAAAGAGAAAAUACAUACUUACAAGCUGUGGUUAGAGUUACCCUUGUCGGAGGGUCGGAGCGGCUGCUUACUUUUCUGCUGAGCCGUCCAGAAUUAACUUAUCACUUGCACGUUGACACCAAAGGCAACACGUUGUUGCACACAGCCGCAAGACAAGCAAAUGUAAAGCCGAAAAUAAGAUAUAAAGUAUUAAAUGAAUUGGUCAAAUGCCGAGUAGAUGCCAGUGUUCAAAACAUGGACGGAAAAGUAGCCAUUGAAUACCUCCCGACAAGUGAAGCAGAUAACAUAAAGAUAUUGUUACAAGCAAUGCAUUCGAAAGGGGUUCAUAUGUUGAUGACAAAGGCAGCAAAUCUAGGACAAUACAAACUUCUGUUGGCGUUGCUGAAGUGUGGUGCCGAUCCCAUGUCACUUUCGGGAGAAGAUGGAGAUACUCCCAUGCAUGCUGUUGUUCGGCUUGCCCUCAAAGAUGGAAAUAUCUCUGUACUGGAAUAUUGUUUAGAACGAUAUGGGAAUGAAUCUAAACCUUCUUUAGACCCAGAAAGGUUAGAUCCAAAUGGGGAUUGUCUGUUUCACCUUCUUGCCAAAAGUACUUCGAUACAUGUGGUCAAGGUAGUUAAAUGUUUGUGUAAGUUUAAAGUUUCUGGAAAUUACUACAACCGUGAAGGAAAAUUGCCUGCGGACUGCAUAGUGAAUCGAAAGGAUGGCCUUUUACAAAAUCUAAAAAAGGCGAAAUCGUUUAAGGCGCGACACAAACAGUUGUGUAAUAAGGUAAAAACGGAUGCUGUUUUUCUGGUCAAACAAGAUUCAAAUUUGGAAAAAGUUGAGAAAGAUUUAUCAAGGUCAGUUGUUGAACAUGCGAUUAAAAAAGUUACAGAAAAAGAUAAAAUAAAAAUCCGUAUCCGAAAGAUGAUUGAGCAGUUAGCAUCAACUGAGACACUUCCUGACGAAACUAUUGAAACACAUUUGCAAACGACAAAUACGCCAAUACAGACAGAGUAUACACAUAGUUCUUCAGCAACGCAUAUUGACAUUAAUAACACGAUAGAAAUAGGAAGAUAUUGGAAACAUUAA